AUGACAAACAGGUUUACUUCAGUGUAUAGCUCUCCUUCCAAUGCAUCUACUGCUUCGCUAGUCGCCUCUGCAUCUGGUCCCACCGUGAUGCUUUCUCGUCCAUCUCCGUUACUAAACCACGUCACUGACCCCUCCACCUACAGGGCCGUUGUGACUGAUGCUUGCGAAUACAAUCGCAGCUUGUCUCGUCGCAGAGCUUCCCGUCUUCCGUUUCUUGAUUUGGCCACACAUACGAUGCAGCGACCAGCGCCAUGGCUUUAUCGAUCGAAGUGGGAUCGAUCCAAAGACUCGUUGGAUCUCGGCACUCAUGUUGUGUUUCGCUACCUUCGUCACAGAUGGCGCUCUGUGGCUCAAACUCCUGCUCGCAAACGGAAGCUUGUCGCCGAUCGCCUCUGGCAUACUUUGCAGACAGGUCUCAGUACACUCGGCAUUUCUUCGGAAAUGAUGCCUGUCAUCAUCCGGAAGGCCUACGCUAUAGCUGGUUUACCAGUCCCGGUUAGCGUCGUCUCCCAUUUGGACGCCAUUUGCAUCAGAAAUUCAUCUGCUGCACAACAAAACCUAUCCUUUUCUACUGCUGGUCGAUUGCACCAAAAUCCACCUUACUUCGGUGCCAAACGGGCCAUUCAUCCGGAGUCUUGGUCCGAACCCCAUUCUCGUCGAUCAACUGCUUCUACUCGCGAGGAUGAUUCUGUCGUAGAUGAGUAUGCCGUAGACGAAGUGGAGACUCUUCCCAAACCACCGUUCGUGUCUAUGCCGAGGGUUCGUCCGUCAGAGACCACCACUCCCUUAGCCAGUGGGGAAGACAGUGUGCAGUCAAGUGACUUCAUUGGAUUGAAGCGCACUAAUCCGGAGGAAGCGUCUGUCGAACUUAGAACAGAUGAUGAAAUUUCUGUUCAGUCUGGUACUGGCACAAAGUUAAGCUCCAACUCUGAUGGGGCACACAUCAGACCGAAACAUAAUAGCCUACAUGACGACUCCGACGAAGCCGAACGUCGUGAUGAAGAAGAUGACGAAGACGAGGACGGUGAAGACGAUGAUCAGCUAGAUGACGACGACGUUGAAUGGAUGCAGCCACGAGGGAGACGAUCCAGCAGACGGUUCUCCAAUGAGCGGUCGUUUGUUUCCAGACGUCGUAGGGCAUCGCUUAACUCUCGCAAGGCGGGGCGUUUUUCUAUGCUUAGCCCCCGCUUAUCUGGUAGACACAUCACGAAGGGACGGGCGAUACAGAGUCAGCACACUUUAUGUGCUCGAGAUAAGCUACGUCCUGGUCGAUUGUCUACUGUUGCAGAUGUUGAGUCUUCAACUGACUUGCCUGGUCGCCGCAGUGUGCGCAUCAAUAACGCAAGUAAAAUGAAAACAUCUACGGCCUACGUAACAGCGCUUACAGUGAAAGAUAAUAUUGCAGACGACUCAUGGGACGACUUUUCGGAACCCGGUUUUCAGCCAAACAUAAAUGUUUGCUCUGCUCCUGAUGGAAGAACAAAUAACAACUCUUCACACCCUACCGAACCGCUCACCGGUCGGACUUCUCGACUGUAUAAUGACAGUCCACCGCUUGCUGUACCUCAUCCAUCCCCGAACACUGGUUGUCCUGUGAAUACAUUUUCGAACUCAGUGGUGUUCAACUCCGUGCCCGUUACACUUUCCAACAAUUCUUUCCCGGAUCACCGCCGCCUGGUUCAGCUGCCCUCUCCACUUCCGUCAUCAUCAUCCUCCCACCGCCCAUGCGUCCCCUUAUCACAUCAGACAACAAUUCCUCUGCGUCUCCCAGCACCCAACGCUCGGACGGCGAUGUCGCAGUUGCUAACUGCUAGUUCUGCUCCGACUGGUGGAGGAAGCACUGAUUUGUCGGACAACACACCGUCUAUGGAACUUCACUCAAUGAGUGUACGCGAUGAUGCCGGAUCGAAUUCUGUCAGUGUGCUCCAGAUGAAUGCUGCCGGCAUGGAUCGAAUGUCAACUAUGCACGCCGCCAAGAAAGUUAAUCAGAAAGCUGUUAGCUUGCCCUCCGUGUCAACCUCACUUCCUUGUCGUGGUGCUGAAUUACAAGCUGCUGGUCUUUCUCCUCCUGUGCAUGCUUUAAAUUCGGGACCAGAACAAUUCGCUGCACCUCAAGGUGCAACUACAACAGUGACCUUUUUCGUGUGUGAAGUGUGUGCUUCGCGUUACCGUUCCACCGCUGGAUUACGAUAUCACUACCACAGUCAACACUCUGGGUACACACCAAAGAAUCCAAUCUCCGCAUCUGCUUCUCGGUUGGUGGUUCCUGUUGGCGAAGAGCGUGGUAUCGGCGGUGGCCUCCGUGGUGGUCGACCAAGGAGGCACAAAGCUGUGGCUGUGGACGGUAGAGUCGGCCGUCCUCGUAGCAAAGAGUGUGAAAGCAAGAAUCCGUCGCGCUUCGGACUGCCGGAUGCUGUUGGACCGGGUCUGAUUGCCUCAGUUGACAACGAAGCCUCCGGAGUCGUUCAAUCGUUUGCCUGCUCUCCAUCUCGAGAUCCAAGCGUAGCAUCUUCGCACGGUUACCUGUCUUCUUUGAACCGCUCUAUUAAUCCGGCGUUUCAUCCCAGCGAAGAACCCAAUGUUUCCAGUCGCUCAUGCUCCUCCAGGGCCUAUGUCUGCACUCCGGGUGCUGAGUAUUCCCUUAGCGGGCCAGGUGAUGAUACCAACAUUGUCCCAUCAAACAAUCGGACGUCUACGUUUGCGCCAUCAUCGAUGCACGCACUCCCAGGCGGACACUCCGCCUUCGAAUUAUCGCAUGCCACUGUGUCAGAGCGAUCACAACAUACAUUCUCACUCACAUCACCUGUGGACUGCGCAGCAUCAAAUCUCGGUCCCAAAACUUAUUCUUCAUCGAUGCAUUCGGGAAACCCGUUUAAUAGCUCUGUCAGCUGGGUGCCUUCUGAUGCUUCGUUCCCACUGGUCCAUCCGGACACCUCACAGGCAUACGGUCCCUAUAGAGCGAGUGCAGCCCAGCGACGUUUCGACCGCCAGCGUUGUGCUGAUUUAUCAAACACGAAUCAUCCAAUUGGAUCCUCAUGCACGCCUGUGUGCGUGUAUUGUCUUUCGGACGAUCGUUUAAAUCCCCGUUUGGGGCGUCCAGAAGGACUGUUACGGUGCUCUCGCUGUGAUACUUGGGCUCAUUUCACGUGUCUACAGCUACCGGCUCACGUGAUCGAACUCGCAAUGCGCUACCCGUGGCAAUGUAUUGAAUGCAAAACAUGCUGGUUUUGUGGCUCAGCCGAACAAGAAUCUCGAAUGGCCUUCUGCAGUGAUUGCGACCGCACUUUUCACAUUGACUGUCUCCCUGUUCCACUCCCUCGGGUUCCUACAUCACAAUGGAGUUGUGAUAUCUGCCUAAACGAACUGUAUACUUCUCCUACCAAAGGUGAAAAAGUCAAUUCUCUUCCCAUCCCCACGGAAACUUCAUUUUACGCAGGUCGACCUAAGGACAAUUGAACGAACACUUUUAUUCACUUGUCUGAUCAUUCACUUUUUUGUUCACAAAUAGUAAUUCUACAUGUUUCUUUUUGUUUUAAGAAUCAUUUUAACUUCCAUAUACCGAACCCACUCACCUCUUUGGCAAUCAUGUAUGUAUCACUGAUCGGCACCCUUUUCUUCACUUGCUACUUUCAUUUCUCUCUUCCGAACACUGUCGACCAUUGACUUGUCACUAACUUAUAUGACACCGUAUUCAAUCAUCCUCGAAAGAGCUAUGUGCACAAGUCUAUGCAGCUAGGAUCGUAUUCCGUGCUUCUGACUUUGUUUUUCCACGCUGUGCUCGAAUGAUACUUGUUCGUGUUUCUUAGUCAUAUUAUCGAUGCUCACCAUCAUUUUUUCAUCUCAUGUCUCACUCUGCACAACACUUUUUACCUCUCCUUGCGUACCUCGUCCAAUACUAAUCUUCUGAUUCGCACUUUUACUUAUACCGACAUUCCUUUC